AUGUUACAAAUUUGUGAAGCUCUAUAUGGUGGAGGGUACUCAGUGGCCACUCGUGGAAGGAGCCCAGUAGCCACUCCUGGAGGGAACCCAGUGGCCACUCCUGGAGGGAACCCAGUGGCCACUCCUGGAGGGAACCCAGUGGCCACUCCUGGAGGGAACCCAGUGGCCACUCCUGGAGGGAACCCAGUGGCCACUCCUGGAGGGAACCCAGUGGCCACUCCUGGAGGGAACCCAGUGGCCACUCCUGGAGGGAACCCAGUGGCCACUCCUGGAGGGAACCCAGUGGCCACUCCUGGAGGGGACCCAGUGGCCACUCCUGGAGGGAACCCAGUGGCCACUCCUGGAGGGAACCCAGUGGCCACUCCUGGAGGGAACCCAGUGGCCACUCCUGGAGGGAACCCAGUGGCCACUCCUGGAGGGAACCCAGUGGCCACUCCUGGAGGGAACCCAGUGGCCACUCCUGGAGGGAACCCAGUGGCCACUCCUGGAGGGAACCCAGUGGCCACUCCUGGAGGGAACCCAGUGGCCACUCCUGGAGGGAACCCAGUGGCCACUCCUCGAGGGAACCCAGUGGCCACUCCUGGAGGGAACCCAGUGGCCACUCCUGGAGGGAACCCAGUGGCCACUCCUGGAGGGGACCCAGUGGCCACUCCUGGAGGGGACCCAGUGGCCACUCCUGGAGGGGACCCAGUGGCCACUCCUGGAGGGAACCCAGUGGCCACUCCUGGAGGGAACCCAGUGGCCACUCCUGGAGGGAACCCAGUGGCCACUCCUGGAGGGAUCUCGAUUGCUGGACCUUGA